AGCUUAACGGACCUGCGUCGACUGCGCACACGUCGUAGCACCUCUCGUGCCCGUGGAGGAGAGACUACGGACCCCCACUGGACUGCGAAGCCGCCGCUGCUGCAUUUAUUCUUCUUAUUCUUCUACUUCUUCUGUCGUACUCUGCGUCGUUUUUUUUUUUGCUCUUCUCGAGCCCACCCAUGAGUGGCAGUGCGCGUCAUCAGCUGAACGAACAGCCGACAUCGACGUAUAGGACGGAGCAGACGAUGACGGAGGAGCCGUUAACGGUGUCCGGCGCGUCUUCCGGGUUGAGCUCCCCCACACCGCCCCUCCCACCGACGUCGUCGCCAGACGUGAAGGAGGCGUCCACGUCCAACGCUUCGGCUGCGCCAGGGAAAGUCCACCCCUCAAACGGCAGUGGCACGGAUAUCGUGGAAGCAAACCAACCCGUCGCCCCUCCUCCCGGUACGGCACCUCUCUUUGUUUCCGAGCAAGGCGACGUGACAAUCACCGCCGCGGAAGAGGAGGCCACCGCUGCUACAGCAAUGACGGCAACCGCAAUGCCCUCUGAUAACCCUUCGUCGCAUGCGCCUUCUUCCUCUCUCACCGACGCUGCCGCCGGGCUCGCCGAGCAGCAGACGGCGGUGACGUCUCCUGAAGCCUCCGCACGAGAGGCCGGUACGGAAAAGUCCAUUCUCAUGCCAGCACGCGCAACUGCGGAGCUCGCCGGCACUCCGAAGACCCCAAAAGAGGCCGCCGGUGCGACAAAUGAGAUGGCGCCGCCGCCGCCGCCGCCGAAGCCGCAACCAGCAGCGCCGCCGCCGCACCGGCACCCCACCAUGCGGGACGCCCGUUUCUCGCCUCCCCCGCCGCGCGGCCGCAGCCACAACUACGUCAACAACUUCUCCAAGAACUCCGACAUCAGCUGCGCCAACUUUUUCUUUCACGGCGAGGACACCACGAGCUUUGGUGUGGGCACGGUGGGAUUGUACGCCGUCAAGGCCGCAGCGACGACGACGACCACCGCUGCUGCUGCUGCUGCUGCUGCUGCUGCUGCCAACACUGCGGCGCCUGCCUCGUCUGGACGAAAAGUGCAAGGGAUGGAGGAUAUGUCGCUCACGGACUUCCGUGAUUCGGCGAACGUGCACGGGCAGUACACGUCGCCGACGCUGCGGCGGUACCAAGCAGCGACCAACGACCACCCCCGCAUCAACAACGGCGGCAAUUUCCUGUCGGCGAAGAGCGGUGCGGCAGUGUGGGAUGAGCGGGAGGAGAACUAUCGGCAGUGGAAGCGUCGCCAUCUCGCCUCGUCGUCCUACGCGCAGUUCUCGCAGCUCCCAACAAGAAAUGCGGCGGAGUCGGACAAGGACAACGACGAUGGCCAGCACCAAAGGAUGUUCGCCAUGACCGUUCCGGCCACCGGGGGCUACUACGAUUUUCCCGAGCUGUAUUCCAGAGAAGCACAAAUGCAGCUGGAGAAGCAGCGCUGGCGGGCCCUCGAGGCGGAGCGGGCAGCGAAGGCAGCGGCGCAGGCGGAGUCGAAAGAAAAGCACGCCGCCCACGUUCUACACUAUCGCGCCCGCAAGCUGAAAGGCGAGGCGGUGGACUUGCCCGAUGCGUACCUCCGCGCUACCUACCCCGACCCCACCUCUCUCUCAGGCUACACCAUCCCUUCCACGGCCAGGCGAACCGGACCCGGCAGCGACGACGAAGAGGACGUGUUGGACCCGCAGCGUGUUGUGAAGGAUCACGUGCGAGCACGUCAGCUACACCGCAUGGAGCAGCAGCAGCGCCACUUCACCGAGGAGGCCCGCCGGCAAGACGCCGCUGAGAAGCAGCGGCAGACAGUGUCAAGGCAGCUCGAGGAGCGUCAGACGGAUCAGCGGGUGGCCCUCGCAACGUGGAUGUCCGAUAGGCCCCGCAUCUCACGCAGUCGCGAGCGGCAGCGCCACAGCGAGGAGGACGCGGAGAAGCGCCGCGCCGCGCAGCUGAACCACUCCCUGCGCACCCAAGCGCGGGAGCUGUACGCCUGCUAUGCGAUGGAGGAAACCGCGGAGACAACGGCGCGGCAACAGGAGCUGCGGAAGCGUGUGCUGACUCGCCUGCGAAGUCGCCGAGGUCAGCCGCCGCGUGCAGACGGGCAGUCGAGUGUGCAUAGCAACGAGCAAAAGGAGACGGCCCCUGCCGACGGCCAUCUGGGCGCCGCAGCAACGAGUAGGCCCUCCUCUCCAGCGACCUCCACCAGCACCACUACGGCAACGAUGCCGCCAAUCCCUGCGCAGGUGACCGCGGCAACCGCAACGGCGGUCACACAGAAGGAAAAGGACAGCCACGACGUGCGUCCCGUUACCCCCACGCCACCCUCGCAGCUUGUCGGCCCUACCUCCACGAACUUCUUCAACGAGGUGAAGCUGUGGACGCAGGAGUUCCCCUCGCCGAACACCGCGCCGGUAAACGCCGCGGAGGCCCAAACCCGCCGUGCGUGGAAGGCGGAGCUCGACGAGGCCCACCUGCAGUUCAACCGUGAGACGGCCCAGCAGCAGCGGGAGCUCUACCCCCGUCGCACCCUCGAGGCGCGCGCAAAGGCGCGGGAGGCGAACUGGACCCGGGCGGAGCGUGGACGCGGGGAGAGGAAGAUGUUUGCGGCGAAGCGUGCCGAUCAUACGCAGACGGACUUGCUGUCUGCUACGGCGAUUCGGAUGGAGCUGCAGGAGGAGGCGCAGCUGGCGCAGCAGCAGCGGCAGGCGCAGGCCAGCGAGCGCCGGGACGAGGUCCAGUUUCAGCGGCAGCUGUCGAAGCACCGCGAAGGGGUGAUUCACAAGUUGGAGGCGGCAGAGUUGGAGCAGCUGCGACUCGUUGUGUCUGCCCAUGGAAAUCGUGCGUAG